AUGAAUACUUUAAGUUCAAAUCCAAAAAAAACUAUGUUUUAUGCUGCUGCCUAGAGUAUAUAAAUGUCUUUAUAAUUUUAGACAUGUUAAAUCAACAUUCAUCUCAUUCAUCUGUCUAAAAUUUAUAAAGAAGCUUGUUUCAAUUAGCCUUAGUUCCACCAUCCAUCAAUCAAAAAGAGUAACUGAAUCAAUCUUUAAACAAUUAUUCAGAUCGAGUUUAAUAAAACCUCUCUCUACCUAAAAAUAACAAUAUUUAUUUAUAAGAUAGAGACAGAUCUCUUUCCUAUAAAUUAAACAACUCUAUUGAACUAAAUAAAUCAUUUGAAAGAUUACAAAAUGCUUAUAAUAUCAAAGCCAAAUUUUUAACUCCCAAUUAAAACCCAAACUUAAUUCUUGAAAAAGAAAUUAAAAAACAAGAGUAAUGUUAAAUCAUUAUAAAGAUUAAAAGCAUAUUUAUUAAAAUAAAUAUAAGAAAAAUAAAUAUAAUCUUAAUAAGAAUAAGAACGAAUCAAAAUUGAAGAACUUAAAGCUGAACAAUUAGUUAAAAGAUAAUUAGAAGAAAUUAGAGUUAGAUAAAAUUCUAAAUUUGAAAUCCCUCCAUAACCAAUAAACUAAGGUACUUUUUGCUUGAUAUAUUAUUAUAUAAGAAAAAUCUGUAAUUACCAAAUAAAUACUAAAAUGUUCCUCAAUCAUCAGUAUCCCCACAAAAAGAUGGCAUUUUUCUGUAAAUUUAUAACUCUAAAUUAAACAACAAUAAUCAAUAAGAUGAUAUCAUUUAAAAGUUAAGUAGCAUUCAAGUAACUGUCUCUCUAAUUUAUAGAAUAAUAUUAAUAAUCUUUAACACUCUUCUUCAACUAAGUAAAAUGAUGUUUCAUCAGUCAGAAAUAAUAUUAAAAAAAUGAUUCGAAAAUCAAGUUAAUUACUUCCUUAAAGUAAUGAUUAAAUCCAAGAACAUAAAAUUAAUUAAAUUAACGAUAGACAAUUAGAAUGCAAUACUAUAUUCAUACCAGCCAAUUCAAAAUUAGAUCUUUAUAUUGAUACCUAAUAAUAAUAAUCUUCUUAAUAAGAGGUAAGUAAAUCAACUCAUAAUUUCAUAUAAAAUAAUAGUUUUUAAUAAUUAUAACAAUAAAAUAUUUCUACUAUUAGUAACCCUAUUAAUAAUUCAUAACAUUAUUCAUCUUAAAAUCCUAAUAUUAAUUCGGUUAUUAAUCAUUCUAGAUUAACAAUAAGUUAAUUAACUUCAAGAGAAAGAUCAAUUUCAAAUGAAAAAUAAAAUGAAGAAUUAUUAGCUAAGGUUGAUGAAAUCAAAGAUGAAAUCAAAGGAUUUACAUAAAAAGUUAAGAAAGUAUUUAUACUUUUUAUCUUUUUAGUCUGUUUAACCUAAUUUAUAACUAAAAUUACCACAUAGAACAACUAUGCUUAUGUAGAUAUCUUCGAAAAAGUAACUAUUGUCAUAUUCUUAGUUCAAAUUAAGUAUCAAAACAAGAAGAGCCAAAAUCAUCCCAAAGAAAUUGA